UACCCACAGGCUAUAACAGGCGAAGAAGAAGCAGUUCUAGCAACGUAGACAGUGUUAGUUGUUGGCGCAUCGCGUAGACUGGUUUUCUGUUAAUAACGGACAAAUUAACAGGGACGCUGGAAUUUUCUGACACCCACUCGGACAUGUCCUAUGUCUUCAACGAUUCGUCACAGACCAAUGUGCCUUUGCUGCAGGCCUGCAUAGAUGGCGACCUUCCCUUCGCCAAGAGGCUCCUGGAGACAGGAUGUGACCCCAACAUCCGUGAUAACCGUGGCCGCGCUGGGUUGCACCUGGCUGCCGCCAGAGGCAAUGUGGACAUCUGCCGUCUUUUGCACAAAUUUGGUGCAGAUCUUUUGGCGACAGAUUACCAAGGCAACACAGCACUGCACCUGUGUGGACACGUGGACACAAUACAGUUCCUGGUGUCCAACGGACUGAAAAUUGAUAUCUGCAACCACAACGGCUCCACUCCUCUGGUGCUGGCAAAGAGACGCGGUGUCAACAAGGACGCCAUUCGUUUGCUGGAGGGGCUGGAGGAGCAGGAAGUGAAAGGUUUCAACAGAGGAACACACUCCAAACUGGAGACCAUGCAGAUGGCUGACAGUGAAAGCGCCAUGGAAAGCCACUCUUUGCUGAACCCAAACCUGCAGAGCAGCGAGGGCGUGCUGUCCAGCUUCAGGACCACUUGGCAGGAGUUUGUGGAGGAUUUGGGCUUCUGGAGGGUGCUGCUGCUGCUGGUGGUCAUCGCGCUCCUGUCGCUCGGCAUCGCCUACUACGUCAGCGGGGUUCUGCCAUUUUCCACCAGCCAGCUGGAGCUGGUGCACUGAGGGGCGUGGUUUGCAGCCAAGCAUUCUUUUGAUUGGCUAAAACAGUAAUCCAUCUGUUUUCACUUCCAUUUAAAGAAGGAAAAAAAAAUAACACAAUAACGUCAAACCUUUCAAGCUGCUGUUAAAGACAAUGCAUGCUUGUUUUGUUUCAUACUCCUGUACAUUAUGUGAUUUUGUUGUUGUUUUUAUUUCUCUCCUGUUACAAAUUUUAUUUUGCCCAUAUUUUAUGUGUGCAUUUACUUUUUUAUUAUCGAUCACUAUUUAGCGCCAUUUCCCUUCAUACUGUUUCUUUCUGAAACUAACUUUGCAUUUUUCUUAGUCUGUUUUAGUUCAAGCUAAAACACUUUUUGCUAACCCGCUAACUGAAUGUUGAUGUUCCUGUUAUUGCCUGCUGCACACAGUUUAGAGAAGUAGCUUGUAGCUGAAAAGUACAAACACAUUCAGCUUCUUUCAGAUCUACCAUGUUGUGAAGAUGAUGCUUAUAAAGUGCAAGCAGAUUGUUGAUUAUGUAUUUUUACAGUGGUCGACCAGUUUGGAUUUUUCAAUAGCCAACCAAGUAGAUGUUGACUCAUAAAUAGUUGAGAGGGGAGGGGGGGAUCCCGCAUUGGCGUGUUUCCCACUGUUUCAUAACACCCACUUCCACUGUUUUGAGGCACCUUUCUAUAUGUAAACUGACAUGUGGAUGAGUCCAAGUAUCGUUCCACAGAAACUGCAAUAACAAGCUCACUUAUCAUAUGUGAUAUAACUGCAGAUGGGUUUUUGUUGUUGUUUUUGCCUCAUGAACGUAUUCAUCUGCCUUGGCAUUUCAUAAUCUGUCUGACUAAUCAGUCUACCACUACUUUUGUAUAUUCAUUUUAUUUUACUUGUAGAUACAUUUGUUGCAGCUUCUCUUGUCCUUUGUGUACAGUAAUUAGUUUGGCCUUCAUAAUUUAAUAUUCAAAGUUAUUAAAGUCGUGGAGUUUAAUUC